AUGGUAUUCUAUUAUGAAAAUGCGGCAGAGACAGGGGGCUUAUUGGAGCCCCAUAUUUGGGUAGUAGUUAAUCGAUUUUGGAAGUCGUUGUGCGGCGAUUUGCCAAAAGGUGUGUACGGAAAUGUGCGUGUAUUUGUGUAUUUGUCGGUUGUAUACGUAUAUAUAUGUGUAUGCGUAAUUGUGUUUGUGUCUGUUCGUGUGAUGAUGGUACUGAUGCUGAAUGCUGAUGCAGCUGAUGACGACGAUGAUGAAGAAGGAAGGAGAGAAACCAAAUACGUGGCCGAUCGGCAUAUCUCAUGUCGACAGCAGAUUUUCCAACGUUCCAGUUAUUGUCCACAUUGGCUGCGUUUUUUUCUCUGA